GUCAGACUGGUCAGUCGACGUCCUAGUUUUUUUCGGCGCAGUUUCGUCAGAAGUAUUAAAACAUGUCUUCGGCCAACUUCGGGACUUACACACGAGCCAUCGUCCGCCAGAUUCCCGACUCCAUUCGGCACCACUCGGAGGCCUUCGAAGACCGUGAAUUCUGUGGCCUUCCCAUCUAUUCACCGAUCGACCUGGAGAAAGCGCGCCAAGAGCACGAGUUGUACACGCAGACCCUGCGGGACCUGGGGCUGGACGUGACCGUGGUGCCGGCAGACGAGUCCACCCCCGACUGUCCCUUCGUGGAAGAUACGUGUGUAGUGGUCGGCAACAAGGCGCUGCUGACCCGGCCGCAGGGUGCACCACGAAGGAAGGAGAUCGACACCAUAGAGAAGGUACUGACAAACCUUGGACUUGAGGUACAAAGGAUUCGUAACAAACAUGCAACGCUUGAGGGCGGCGACGUUGUUUUCACUGGACACGAGUUCUUCGUCGGUGAGUCUAUUUGCUCCAACCCUGAAGGUCACAAGAUCCUGGCGGAGACCUUUCCGGAGUACCCCGUGCACGCUAUCCCACUCGACCCGCCCAAAUUCCACCUGAAGGGAGUCGUCUGUAUGGCUGCACCGGGAGUCAUCGCCAUCGGGGAGAGCAAGUGGGGAAAGCGUGCCUGGAAGAAAAUUCAGAAACAUGCCAAGUUCACUUACGAACCCCUGUGGCUGCCAGACAAAGUCUUCGAGGACCAUACAUGUGACGUCAUCUAUUUUAACGGAAACCUCAUCCACUGCAAAGAGCAAGAAGGGGCCGAAAGUGUGAAGAGGUUUGCGGACAGGUUCCCAGACCUUAACCGUGUGGAGCUGACCAUUGGUGAGCUGGAGAAAGUUGAUGCUGGGUUGACCUGCUGCUCCGUCCUGUUCUAAAGAUGAAACAACUGUGGCGGCACUGAC